GAGUUGUUUUGACAAGAAGGACGAAAACGCAUCGUUCCUAUGCAACUUCCUCCAAAGAUACGAGGGGAUUGGUUUUAAACGUUAGCAGACGCUUUAUCUGUCCCUGUGCUACCUUCCUCUCCACCGUUUCGAUUUUCAGCUUUAUUCCAAGUUUGAUUCUGGCCCGUGAUCCCCCACCAUGAUGCGCUACUGGGGCGAGAUCCCCGGGCCUGCGGGGGCUCCCCCGAGCCGCAGCUCUUUUGACUUGCUCCAGCGCGAGUUUCGCACGGUCGAGAUGCAGGACCCUCCCCUGCACCAGCCCUCGGCCCAGCGUCCGCGGCCCACCACCAUGUUGGACAUCCCCUCGGAGCCCUGCAGCCUCACCAUCCACACCGUGCAGCUGUGUCAGCAUGCCCGCCGCCUCCGUGGCCUCCUGUCAGCGGCUCAGGGUCAGAGCUCGGCGUCCUCCGAGAGCGGCAGCAAGCUGGAGGAGGCUGAGGCCAACCUGCCCCUGCGUCCUCCCACCCCGCCUGUGAUGCCAGAUGACUUGCUGCCCGUGGACAGCAAAGCCCCGCGGCAGCCCUUCCUGCUCCGCCACAGUGACCCUGAAAGUGACUUCUAUAAGGGUAAAGGAGAGCCUGUCACGGAGCUGAGUUGGUCCUCCUGUCGGCCACUCCUCUAUCAGUCAGUGGCCACCGUCUUGGCCCACGCUGGCUUCGAGUCGGCCCAGGAGAGCGUGCUGGAGACUUUGACCGACCUGGUCCAUGAGCAUUACCUGCGCGUCACCCGCAUGCUGCGCGUGGCGGUGGACCGCGAGGCCCGGCUCGGAGCGAGUCCCUUCCCAGAUGUGGUGGAGCAAGUGUUCCACGAGGUGGGCAUUGGCAGCGUGCUCGCCCUGCAGCGCUUCUGGCAAGUGCGAAUCAAGGACUAUCACAGCUACAUGCUGCAGGUGAGCAAAGAUCUGUCAGAGGAAUAUGAACGACUGGUGAACCCGAAGGCUCUGGAGGACUCCAAGCCCCCUAGGAUCAAGGAGGAGCCCAUGAGUGACAUCUCUUUCCCCGUGAGCGAGGAACACGAGGCAGACUUGGCCUCUAGGGACCAAGCUCUGGGGGUCCUCGGGGCCCACGGUGAGAGGCUGGCUUCGGGCCUGGAUGGUGACCAUUCUCCUCACACCUCAGGUACAGGUGGGACCAACAACUCCCCACUGUGGCCACAGGUAAAAAUGGAGCCGCAGGAUGUCGAGGUGGGCCAGGGUGCUGGCCACCACCAGCACCAUCACCACCACCACCAUGCCGUCUUGGGUGGCGACGUGUUCGAGGAGGGGGGGCCCAUGUCCACCAUGAGCGAGUCAGGGGGAGCCAUGGCACCCUCUCCUGGGGGCGUGGCGUCAGACACCAGCUACGUGUCUCAUUCGCCCGACUCCUUGAUGGGCGCCUCCCCCGUCUUCAACCAGAGGCCCAAGAAACGCCCGAGGAAGAUGUGAGGAUGCGUUCACGGACGGUGGGAAAGGUGGCCUCCGAGCUUACCAGCAGCAGGAACAAGUCUGGCGAUGAAACGCAGUGGCUGUGCAGCUGUUGAGCUCCACGGCCACGGCAUAAACUGACAUGUCAUGAAUGGCCUGAACUGAUGUGGGGGGAGUGAAGUGUAGUUAUUUUUUAGUUUGUAUAGUUUCUCUCAAAAUAGCUGAAGACUUUGCUGUUGACUUCAGAACGGGGUUUACUGCCAAAAGAAUAAACAUCUUUGGGAGUACC